AGAGGAAGUGGUGGCACGGGAGAGGGCAGAGGCGUUAGAGAGACAGAGGUUGGCGGAGUACAUUGUGUGGAGGAAGAGAGAGGACUUCCAGGAGAAGAGAGGUGACGGGGAGAACGGAGGAAAGUGUGUAGAGAAGGCGAAGGAGGCCGUGCCCGAAGUUAUCUGGAAGAAGAGAGGCGAAGAGGAAGGAGACGCAGGCAGGGAGAGAGCGAGGGCCAUUCAGAGAGGCCCUGAAACCAUCUGGAGGAAGAGAGAGAGGGAGUAAAAAAAAAAGGGAAGUCAGCGAAAGAUUUGAGAAUUCGAUGAACUUGAAAAGAAGGUGUUAACAACGGCGUGCUGCUAUCAGGCACUGAAGAACAGCCAUACAUCAGUAAGCCUCUUCUCUCUUCUUUAGCAGUUCUGGGUUUCAUUGAGUUCUGCAGGUGCUCGCUGUGGUAUCGACCAAUUGGAGCUCUGUGUGUGUGCAUAUCUGUGUGUGUCGCUGCCGUCUUGGUGUGCACAGCCCCCUUGCGAUCCCCUUGUUGGCGGCUAAUAGGAUUUUUAUGGGCCUGUGUCAAGCAGGAUAGAGCUGCCAAGAGGGGCGGCUUCACACAUGCGCUCGUGUGUGUAUGUGUGUGCAUACCAACACACACACAAACACAGAUAAUCUAAGAGGCAUUGUGGCCAGGGGGAAGGUUCCUACUGCCUCACAUAAAUGUAAACACAUAACGUACAAGCGCUCAACCCCCAGUGCAGUAGCACAUGCGAGGGGGUGUUGAGAGAAAAUCACUUGUGCCGAUUUUCCAUGGUGCUGCCGACAGCUGGAUAACUCACUGAGAGGCUGUCAAGUUGGGACAAGAUACUCACAGAUAUUGUUUUACAUUGUGGCAAAAACACCAAGAUGAACACUAUGACUACAUCAUCUACAGUCCCUGGGAACACAACGAACAUUGAAGCAGAUCCAAAGUGAACUGAUGACAGAAUGAUCUGCACUGGUGCACUAAAAACAAACUUUUUUCAUCUGCAUUCGACCAUUAACUGGGACACCCCGCUUCUCCUCUGCACUUUUUCUCAGUUUGCCAUCAUUGUGGAUAAAGCCGCUUUUAAAGCAGUUUGGUUUUGGCUGCACUGCAAUGAGUGGAGGACAGACAAGCAGACAGAUGGGUGCAGCUCUUACAUUGAGCAAGACAGACAGAUGGCUGUGUGUCCUUUUUGGGAGAAACUUUGAAUCCUGAGACAAAGAGACAUUGAAGGAAUAACUAGGGCCUGUGUGGACUUGCGCGGAUAUAAGAACAGACGCUGCAGAUUCAUUAUGGAGCUUGUCCCAAAAACCAAAUACACACACUUUCGGAGUGAAUCGCUGAGCUCGACUGAUGAAACAAAUUCCAAUCCAUCAUCGUUCCCUCCAUCCAGUCCUGUUACCCCGCUCACUCCCUCCCCUGGUUUACCUUCUUCUCUCUCCUCCUCGUCUCUCACUCCCAUUUUACCCCCCUCUUCUCCCCGCCCGGCUGAGAACAGCCCCACCACCCUCUGCUCCUUCUUUCCCAGGAUGGGAUCCCUUCGUCUGGGUGUCUCCGCUUCUCUUCUCCCAGGACUCAAGGCCUCAAGCAGGCCACAGCAGCCUCAGGCGCCUGUUGAGUCCUCCGGGGAUGACAGGAGCAGCUCUAGCUCCUCCCCUCUGCUUCAUCACCCUGUCCCCCCUCUAACUGCUCCUUCUCCUCCUCCCCGACCUACUCUGCAGGACAUGAACCGCCUGGGAGGGGCGUCCAGGAGGGCACGGGUGGAAGGUGGGCAGCUGGGAGGAGAUGAGUGGACGCGCCAUGGCUCCUUUGUCAACAAGCCCACCCGUGGCUGGCUGCACUCAGACAGUGUGGUCAGCACUGCUGGUGUUUCCUACACUGUACGGUACAUGGGUUGCGUGGAAGUGCUACAGUCAAUGCGGGCGCUGGACUUCAACACAAGAACUCAGGUCACCAGGGAGGCAAUCUCUGUGGUGUGCGAGGCGGUACCCGGAGCCAAAGGAGCCCAGCGCAGGAGAAAGCCGUCCUCUCGCUGUCUGACAUCCAUCCUGGGAAAGAGUAACCUGCAGUUUGCUGGCAUGACAAUCAGCCUCACCAUCUCGACCAGCAGCCUCAAUCUGCUGGCGUCCGACUGCAAACAGAUAAUCGCCAAUCAUCACAUGCAGUCCAUCUCCUUUGCCUCUGGAGGAGACCCAGAUACGGCUGAGUACGUAGCAUAUGUGGCCAAAGACCCAGUCAACCAGAGAGCAUGUCAUAUCUUAGAGUGCUCAGAGGGUUUAGCCCAGGAAGUCAUCAGCACCAUCGGCCAGGCCUUCGAACUGCGUUUCAAACAGUACCUAAAGAACCCACCCAAACUGGUCACACCACAUGACAGAAUGGCUCCGUUUGACGGCUCUGCGUGGGAGGAAGAAGAUGAUGAGGCUGCCCCGCCUCCUGAUGUCCCUUACUAUAAUAAUUUCCCUGGAAAACAGCCUCCACCUGGUGGACUGGUUGACAUGAGGACCCGCCCAGGAGCAACACUGCCUUAUGGACAACCAGGACAGAAUGACAUUCACAAGCAGCCUCUGCCGCCUCUACCAGUGGGUGCCAAAGAAGGAGGGCGGGAACUGUUUGAUGACCCUUCAUAUGUCAAUGUGGAUAAACCCCGCCCCCCAGUUGCUGCAAAUGGAAAUGCGCACAGAGAUGCUUUUGACAUGAAGCCAUUUGAUGAUGCCCUGGGGGUUUCUGGGAACAGUGGCCCAAGCUCUGGGACAACAGCGCCCCCUCUGGUGCAGCAGUUGCAAUGCGAGGCCUGGUUCCAUGGUAGCUUAAGUCGCAGGGAAGCGGAGAGGCUGCUGACCCGAGACGGUGACUUCCUUGUGCGGGAGUCCGGGACUACGCCUGGACAGUACGUCCUCACUGGACAGCAGGGGGGUCAGCCCAAACACCUGCUACUGGUCGACCCAGAGGGAGUGGUCCGUACAAAAGACCAUCGGUUCGAAAGUGUGAGUCACUUGAUCAGUUACCACAUGGACAACAGACUCCCCAUCGUAUCAGCUGGUAGCGAAGUGUGUCUCCAACAGCCAGUUGAGCGCAGGGCCUGAUAUAACACCGACCAAUGAAACACCACCAAAUGUACACACACUUCUCCUGGAAAUCAGCACAUCCAUAUGCUAUAACACACACAGCAACACUGCACUUAACACCCUCAAAGAUACACAACAAAAAUACAUAUGCAAACACAUAGCAAUGAAACCCCCCCCCCCCCCCCCCCCCACCAUUUUCUCUGCAAAAUCACGCACAUGCUGCUGUUGCCACAUGUUCCUGUCCUUUCUGAAAGCCAAACUGUGACCUGCAGUCCCUCCUUGACCCCACCGACCAUCAGACGCAUCCCUCCACAACGGAGAAGCACUGCUGCAAUUUCCCAACAGCCUACUGUGAACCAGGGAGGAACCUCUUUGCUAAUUUCAGAAUGGGAAAGAAAACAAAUGCAAUUUUUUUUAAAGAAAAAAAAAUCUUAACAUUCAAGUAUGAAAAACCCCCAACAAAAAACAGAACACUUUACUUAUACGUGGAAUUGUGUAAAAAGAAAUAGUGAAACUGGAGAGUGAAGAAAGGAACAUGAAUGUGACAUGGAAUGAGUAUGUGCUCUCUCACUGUAGGGGAAAUGAUUUCCCUCCUUCGACUGUCGCUUGAUCGUAUUAGGCAAAUGCAAACUUGGACGGCAAUGGUUCUUUGUUGUGGACAAUGAACCAGGCUCGGACAUAAACUCUCCCUUUAGGUGUCACGUGAGCUCUUCAGCAGCAAACCUGCCUCCGACUUAGAUCUUAUUUUGCCGGAUGAAUAUGCAUAAACCAUGUUGACUUCCAAUCUAAUCAGGAGGGCCUCCCUGCCAACAACCACUCUCCCAUUAAAAACUUUUGAACUUUGAAGUGGAGUGAUACCUGAUGAUGAGGAAAGCCUAUAUGCAAAACUGGGACUGCUAUGCCAAUGACCAUCAUAUAUCUUUUUUGUUUUGUUUUUUAUCUUGAGACUCAUGACUAAUUGGACAUUGGGCUUUUGGGAGGAUCUUAACAGCUGUAUUUCCCUGAUCCCUCUUUAGACACGGAUACACCUUUACACCACACACGGUCCGCACCACCUGUCAUGCCAAAGAACAUGAACUUGGUUCCUAACAGCAGAGGAAGCCAUAAUAAUUAUCAAAAGUUGUCUUUUCUCUUGUGUAAUUAUAGCAUUGGGAGCUAGUUAGUUAGAAGGAUAAACAUAAAAUGAGCCUGUUUUAGAUGGAAGAAGAAUCAAGGUGAUCGUGCCUGAAUACAUCAAAAGUAUAUUUGCUUUCACCUCCGAACACAACAACUACUACAUUUAGAGAGUGCAGACCAAGAUCAUUCUGGCCUACAGCUUCUCUUUGACAUCUUAGUAUGUGUUUGCAUUGACAAUCUUUGGGUUAUAUCCUCAGAGUAUUCUCUGAAGCAAACUGAAAGCAAUUGAGAGUUGUUAGAGGAGACCCGUUUAAAUGGCGUCUGAGGAGAAAUGUUGAGAGGUCUAAGCAAAGAAUUUCCCUCUGCAAAAACUGAUGCAAAGUAUGUUGUUGUAACUGGUUGGUAACUUUUUGUGUAUUGUGAUGUUGCUUUACUUUUUUAGUCACUUGAGUUGGAAUCAUUUUUAAAAGCUUGUAUCAAAUGAAGUGGUUCUGGGGUGACUGAACAUAAAGCUGUGCAUGUUUUUGGAGCAUCGCCAAUGGUGAAAUGUUAAGCCAAAUGCUGCUCCGCAGUUAUGCUGUUUUCACAAUCUGUCGAGGAUCUGCAGGGAGGAGUUCUCCUCUCUUCUUCCUCCCUCAAUUCAUGAUGUUGGUUCUUGUUAAAUAUCUUUUAUAUCGUGCCUUGUUUCUUCAAUGCAGUCACGUCACUUCAAUGCAGUCACCUUAUGUACUUAAUUCAAAUGUAGUCCACUACAGGAGAAUCUCACACAAGCCUCUCAGUUAAACAAAGACGCAAAAAUUACACUCCAGUUAACACACACAAACAGGUCCAGUGAGGGCAAUCUCCUCUGAUGCACAUUCUUGCAUUCAGCAUAGAGUCACAGAUACUUGAUGUCACCACAGUGGGGAUAUUUCAUGACCAUCUGUAAAUAACGUUAGCUAUUGAUUGGUCACCUUAGUUUUGGAUUAUUGUUGUAUAUUUGACGACGUAUGUGAUGAGUACCAAACGAGCCAGACACCACAGCACUGAGGCAGCUUCUUGAAGCCAAUUGAACUUGUCAGAGAUUGUGGCCAAACUCCUGAUAUAUGAGAAGGGAUCUUUUCAACUUAAACCUUAACUGUCAACUAGUCGUCAUACCCUGAAGUGGGCUCACCUGUAAUUUAACAUGCACACGCAUACCAGUGUGACAGCUGGGUCAGUCAGACACUCGCGCUUGUUCCGGUGUUUGUAGGUCAGAGAUGGGAAAACCAGAGCUUUAAGUUCUGCCAGUGCGCGCUCUCUCUCUCUCUGUCUCUCUCUCUCUCUCUCUCUCUCUCUGUGUGUGACCCACCUGACCCUCUGCAUCAUUAGAGACCUGCUCCCAUGUUAACUUUGUAAUUACAGUUGCCUUUGUUGCAUGAAUUGUUGUUGGUGAUGGUUAUCGUGCUGAUGAUGUUGUACUUUUAAUUUGUGUUUUUUUUGAAAAGCCAAAGGUUACUUUCAGAUUGUGUGCACAGAUAUUGAUUUUUACUUUACAUAUUUCUGUUUUAAUACUUUUUGUUUUUAGGGAAACAUGUCUGUUUACACCUGUAUCUGAAAAUAUAGAUUGCAUAUAUAAAUACAUUUAUCAUUCA